AUGAUGGAGUCUCCCUUUCAGACCAUGGCUGAGCGGGAGGAGUUCCGGCGGGUGAGCAUGGACUGGCAUCGCGUGCUGGAGUUUGCAUCCGCCUGGGAGGACGGCCGCAUGCACCCCGGUGUUCGCGCGGAGAUGGUAGCGCAGCAAGAGAAGCAGGCGCUCCAGCGCUGGUCGUCGCUCGCGAUGGUGGACCUCAAGGCAGAGUUCAGGCGACUCGCUGGACGGCCGGACGCCAAGUAUCGUGGCAAGCAAGAAGAAAGCCUCAAGGCUGUGAUGCAGCGACGGCUGCGCGUGCUAGUUGUUAUGGCUACCGGCACCGGCAAGAGUAUGCUGUUCAUGCUGCCCGCGUCCGUCUCGCCAGGCGGCGUCUCCGUGGUCGUGGCUCCGUUGAAUGCCUUGCGAGACGAUCUGCAAGAUCGCUGCGACCAGCUCGGCAUCCCCUGCGCGAAGUGGGAUGGAAGAAGACCGCCGUACUGGGCUCGUAUUGUGCUGGUGACGCCUGAGAGCGCAGUCACAAAGGCGUUCAGCAGGUUCAUUGACGAAAAGCGCAUGCUCCAUCAGCUAGAUCGUAUCGUGAUAGACAAGUGCCACGUGCUGCUGGAGUCGACACAGGACUGGCGGCCAGACCUCCUCAAGAUGGUGGAGAUGACGGAGAAGGGCACACAGGUUGUCUACCUGACUGCAACCUUGCCGCCCACGCUGCAGCCCGCCUUCUUGCACACCGCAGGGCUCGAUGCCCAGACCGUAACCAUAUGCUGCGAUGAACGCACCACGCGAACGAACAUUGCGUACCAGGUGCUAGAGUACACACAUGGCACGCUAGAAAAAGUACUUAUUAAGCUCGUGGCUGCGAAGAGGAGUAGGUACGGACCUAAGGCGCAGAUCAUCGUCUAUUGUCCAACUGUGGACGAGACGAAACGGCUUGCGAAGCUUCUGCAGUGCUCUGCAUACUACCGUCAGAUGGGCUCAGACGAGGAAAAGGCACGCAUGGUGCGAAGCUUCACCCUAGGCAUAGAGAAGCUUUGUACAGCCACGAACAUGCUGGGUCUUAGGCUCGACGCUGCAGGCGUCUGGGUGGUGAUCCACGUUGCCAUGUGUCCCCUGCUGCUCUAA